UUUGUAUAUACUGCCUGAGCCGACUUCAGUCUUCACAUAAAAAACAUCUUUUUCUGCAAGAAUGAAGUUUCUACAUGUCAGCCUUGGAAUUCUAACUGUUCUGGUUUUGGAGGGGACAUCAUUAAAAGUCCAGUAUAACGGGAAUCAAGUUCUAAAAGUAAUCCCAGAGACUACAAAUCAUGUUAAAUAUAUACAAAACACCUGCACUGAGCUACAGCUUGAUCUUUGGAAGCCAAAAAUGGUUGAAGAAAUUACUCCCGGAGUUGAUGUGCAUAUCCACGUGCCUUUCUCAAUUCUACAGGUGUUAAAAGAGAACUUCCGUCAUAGGGGUAUCUCAUUCGAAAUCUUAAUUACCGAUGUACAAGAACUUAUAGACACCCAGGCAGUAAAUGAACAAAGAAAAGAAAAGAAAUCUUUGGUUCAGUUUGAUUACACAAAAUAUCACCCUAUGGAUGAGAUUUAUGACUGGAUGGUGCAGAUCAAAGAGGCAUAUAGUGAUAUUGUAGCAAUGCAUUAUUUGGGAUCUACGUAUGAGUUAAGACCUAUUUAUUAUUUCAAAAUUGGAUGGCCCUCUGACAAAACAAAAAAAAUUAUCUGGAUAGACUGUGGGAUUCACGCUCGAGAAUGGAUUUCAGUAGCUUUUUGCCAAUGGUUUAUAAAAGAAAUUCUUGAAAAUCACAAGACUGACCCUCUUUUAAACAAAGCACUUCAUAAUAUAGAUUUCUAUAUUGUACCAGUCCUCAAUAUUGAUGGAUUUAUUUACUCCUGGACAACGGAUCGUCUUUGGAGAAAAACUCGAUCGCCACACAACAAUGGUACCUGCUUUGGGGUUGACCUUAAUCGCAACUUUGAUGCAAGAUGGUGCAGUAUUGGAGCAUCACAUAACUGUAGCAGCAUUACAUACUGUGGAACUGGGCCAGCUUCGGAACCCGAAACCCGUGCUGUGUCAGAACUGGUGAAAAGCAUUAAAUCUGAGAUCCUUUGUUUCUUGACCAUUCACUCAUACAGCCAACUAAUUCUUCUUCCGUAUGGUUACACAAAAAAUGCUCCCACUAACCAUGAAGAGAUGAUGACAGUUGCUCAGAAAGCUGCUACUAAACUGCAAGAGAAACAUGGCACUCAAUACCGAGUUGGAUCGGCAUCCCACAUACUGUAUAGCAAUUCAGGAUCAUCAAGAGACUGGGCUACGGAUUUGGGAAUUCAAUUUUCAUACACGUUUGAGCUUAGAGACAAUGGUACUUUUGGAUUUGAACUCCCUGAAGACCAGAUCAAACCAACUUGCGAAGAAACUACAGAUGCCGUUUUGACUAUUGUAGAGUAUCUGAAUGAAAAACAUUUUAAUGGUGCAGAAAGUAUUUUUUCAGUUACACUGUGGGUCAAUCUGAGUUUCUCUUUCAUUGUAGGGACAUAUUAUUCUCUAUUUUAAUAAAGAUCUCAACUGAAAUAGUAAA